CUACGGCUUCAUACCAUCACAAAUUCUCUGCGAAUUUAGCUUGAGAAUGAAUCGUUCAGCGUGGAUUUCUGCCCCAAGGCUUUCCUCCCUUUGUGCCCAUUAUGUUACCUCUUCAGGGUUUUCAUGAAAUCAUCUCUCCGAACAGAUCCUCGAUCUUGCCCGGAUCUUUUCCGGUCUUAGGGUAUAAAAACCUUAGUGUAUAUAAAAACGUUUCCAGCCAUCUAUCUAGUACUUGGAGAUUACCACCAUCUACAUCAAUGUCUGCUCCAGUUUUCGACGACAUCAACUCCGAAACAAAGCAUGGUAACAGCCUUGGUGGGGUCUCAGGAGCCCACAGCACCUCCAGCCUGCUCACCAAGUUCUUGGACUCCCACAAGGAGCUCAAGAGCUACAGGAAUGGUCGCGCGGUCAAAGUAGAUGGCCACACUUUGUCCAUCGCUGCUGUCACAGCCGCUGCAAGAUACAACGCCACUGUAGACCUAGACGUCUCACCUCAAGUUAAAGCUUCUGUCAUGAAGAGUCGUGCUGUCAUAGCCGACAAGGUUGACAACGGAACGAGCAUAUAUGGGGUCUCUACUGGAUUUGGUGGAAGCGCUGACACUCGGACCGACAAACCUUUGCAUUUGGGACAGGCGUUGCUACAACACCAGCAUGUCGGGAUAUUACCGAGCUCGGAUAGGACGCUUGACGUUCUCCCAUUACUCAGCCCUAUGGCUUCCACCAGCAUGCCCGAGUCCUGGGUCCGUGGCGCGAUGCUAGUGAGAAUGAACUCGCUGAUUCGCGGUCAUUCAGGUGUCCGAUGGGAACUACUUGAAAAGAUCAACGAGCUUCUUCGUGCAAACAUCACUCCCGUAGUACCUCUUCGCUCUAGCAUUUCGGCAUCCGGCGAUUUGUCCUCGCUAUCCUAUAUCGCCGGAACGCUAAUUGCGAACCCCUCUAUUCGCGUUUUUGACGGCCCCAGGAAGUUUGGCGCACGUAAGAUGAUCAGUUCGAAGGAUGCGCUCGCCUUGCACGGUAUCAAGCCAAUCAGCCUCGUCUCCAAAGAAGGGUUGGGAAUCUUGAACGGAACUGCGUUUUCUGCUUCAGUUGCUUCUCUGGCCCUCAAUGAUGCCACUCAUUUGGCACUCUUAGCCCAAAUAUGCACUGCGCUCGGUACCGAGGCCCUCAGUGGAACCCUCGGAAAUUACGCUCCUUUUAUUCACGCUACUGCCCGGCCACACCCUGGUCAAGUCGAAUCAGCAAGUCACAUAUGGAACCUCCUGCAAGGAUCGAAAUUGGCCUCAACCCAUAAAGAGGAGGUAUCCAUCAGCCAGGACAAAUACUCGCUGCGCCAAGACCGGUAUCCUCUCAGGACUGCACCUCAGUUCCUCGGACCCCAAAUUGAGGACAUUCUGUCUGCCUUGUCUACGGUGAUUCAGGAAUGCAAUUCAACCACCGACAAUCCUCUCAUAGAUGGGGAAACCGGUCAAGUUCACCAUGGCGGCAACUUCCAAGCCAUGGCGGUCUCUAACGCAAUGGAAAAGACAAGGCUGGCACUUCAUCACAUUGGGAAACUACUCUUCGCUCAAAGCGCCGAACUCGUAAAUCCGGCCAUGAACCACGGCUUGCCUCCGUCUCUGGCUGCUUCAGAUCCAUCUUUGAAUUACCAUGGAAAAGGCAUUGAUAUCGCAACCGCUGCGUAUGUUGCGGAACUGGGAUACCUGGCUAAUCCGGUUACGACCCAUAUUCAGUCGGCGGAGAUGCAUAACCAGGCUGUCAAUUCGUUGGCGUUGAUUUCGGCUCGUGUGACCGUCAGUGCUCUGGAGGUUUUGACCAUGCUCAUGUCUUCCUACCUCUACCUGUUGUGUCAAGCCGUCGACCUGCGAGCUUUACGAAGAGAGUUGAAUACGGGGCUUCAAGCGAUUCUCUCAGAAGAACUCGCAGCAAUCCUAACGUCUCAACUUUCUUCUCAAGAAAUCAAAAUCUCCAUUUCUUCCAUGUCGGAAACGGUUCAAAACACCUUGGACAAGACGAGCACCAUGGACGCAGUUGAUCAAAUGAAAGAAGUUGCGACGGCUUGUAUCCCUGCACUGAUCGAGGCUGUUCCACGUACGAAUGAUGCCCUCUCGACCAUCUCACAGUUCCGCACGAACGUGUCCUCCAAGGCUACGAAGCUUAUGGGUGAGCUUCGCUCUAGCUACCUUUCAGGCAGGCGGGGAUCGGCACCUGCUAGUCCCUACCUGGGUAAGACGCGAGCGGUGUACGAGUACAUUCGUAUCACCCUCGGUGUCAGGAUGCAUGGGGCAGAGAACUUUAGCCAUUUCUCCAACGGUUUAGGUGUCGACGACGUUACCAUUGGUCAGAAUAUUACGACCAUUUUUGAGGCUAUUCGAGAUGGAAAAUUACAAGACACCGUCGCGGAUUUAUUCGACGUUUUGCCUCGCUCAAAGUUAUAAACGGCAUAUCAAUAACAACACACACUAGAUAGAACUUCACACUUUCACGUCAGAACAUUUCCUCAGAUUAGAUACCCCAUCACGCCUGUAACCGUUGUGAAUAACUCGUCAUUGCGCCGCAGAAUAUCGGCUCGAAUGUGUAAUAUACAUAUACCAUGAAAAUAAAGAUAGACAAGGUGCAUC